UCAAGAAAGUAAGAAUCGAAAAUUAACGAUAUCUCGAAUAUUUUUAAAGUGAAUUUAACAUUCAAAAGAUGGCGCUGAUAAUCAAUUCUUAUUCCGUUUUAUCUCUGUCUUUUUCUUACUUUUGUUCUUUUUAUUUUAUAUUUGUUUCAUUUGUGGUUAUCCAGAGAUGGCGCUAAUUCCCUAAUUUUUACUAAUUUCUAUCCUUUUCUCAUUAUUUGUUUUUCUUGUUUGUAUUUGUUCUUGGCACGUGAUUACAGACGAGAUACGGAAUGUUAAUGAAUAUUUUCAUCAUUUCUUUUACAAAACUGCAAUACGUCUUAAUUUUAUUCUAAGUUAAAUCGAUAACGUUAAAGAUGAAACUAAAAUGGUAAGAACAUUUUCGAAACAUGGAACAAAAAAUACAUUAAAUGUUAAAUCUAUUCUGUAUCUCGUCUGAUAGAAUAGAAAUCAUAAACAUCAAAUGGUUAGUAAAUAAGUAGAUCAUAUUCCUGCGAACAUGUAUUUGUAAUUGUGGAUUUUAAGAUAUAUAUUUAUAAGAAAGAAGUUUUAUUCACACCUUUUAAUGUUUUACAUUUCAAUUUAAUUUUUCUGCGCCUUAUUCAUUGAACAUACAAAUAGUGUACGUAUAAAUAUUAUCAAAACAAACUCAAUGUCGCUAUCGUCUUUUGUUUUAAAUGUUGUCAAUCUGUCAAUGAAGUCAAAACACUUUUUUUUUUUUAAAUAUAUGACUUCCUUGCCAGUCUGACAAUCGAAUAGAUGGUCUUUAAUAUUUUGAAAUAAGGAUAAUAAAGCCUGUGUUGUUCGAAUGUCUGAACGCCGAGAUUCCACGUGUCAAAAACAUGAAUUGCCGAAAUCAUUGCAAGGUACAGAGGAUGCCGAGUUCGUUUGGAGUAUGAUAACUGAAAGAUUUCCAAAUGCUGCACCGCUUUUAUGUGAAAUGGAAGCAGUUAUCGAUCGAGCAGAAGACCUUCUCCAACAACUGAGAGCACCUUGUCGUGAAAUUGAGACAUCAACCUCUUUCUGCACACAAGAUUCGGAAGAAUCAACUGCAAUGAUUUCCGCUAAAGAAUCAGCUACCGAAAACGAUAUUGUAGAAAAUGAUAUCAUAAAUAAGAACGUGGCAGAAACACAAGUUUCUGAAAGCAGUAUAUAUGAAACGGAAAUCAAUUUGAAUAAGAGUCAAGAUUCAGUUAUCAAAGAACAGGAUACCGAAAGUCAAUCGCUUGAUUUGAUUACGUUAAAUAAUUCUAAUAUACAGAAACAUUCUAGUGAAGAAUCUUCUUUAGUUACUGAAACAAAUAACUAUCAAAUGGUAAAAGAGGCACAUAGCUUAGAAGAAUGGGGUAAAAUAGUGGAUAAUGCUCUACAAGAAAAUACUGACGAGGUACAAUCCGUUAAAAAAACAAUUAAUAUGUUCGAAAAACGUGUCAAUUGUGAAGAAACGAAAACAGAAAAGCACGAGGACUCUUGCAUUAUUCUGCAUCGUCAAGAAACAGACGCCGGUGAUUCUGUUAUACAAAUUAGCUCCGAACGAAACACGAGACCUCAAAAAUUAAUCGAAAUUAAUGAUGGGAUAAAUGUUUCAAUCAAAGUAAAAAAAAAUUAUCGUUUUCUUAUAAUAUAUUUAUACGUCUAAUUUAUUUUACAAUUUUUACAAUUUAUUUCAAUUUUAAUUAAAGGGUAGUGGUGAUGAAAAUUCACCAAUAGUCGACCAAAGGACGCCGUUAAACAUUUUAGAAACUUACGCGAAACGUUGCAAAACCUCGAUCGAGUAUGAAUACAAUGAAAGUCCGCAUCGUCUCAAAUCAAGCGUUUAC